CGCUAAGGAACCUUGAAGGCCCCCCCAAUGGUGACAUGUACUUGACGGUCCCUGUAACCCCGCCACCAACCAAAGUGCCGACCCUGGUCUCCUUGGCUCCACCCUUUACCCCUCCACCGCCCCUUAUCGAUUACACAGGAAGUCCGGUGAUCGCUGCCCGGCUGUGCCGUGGACGUGACCAAGUGACCGAUGCCUUAGCUAUCAUCCGGAAGAAGACGGAGCCUCUCCCAGGCCGGCUCUCACGGAGAGGAUUUCUUACUCUUUGUUAUUUGUGAAUCGUGGCACUGUGGUCUUGCUCUGUCGCGCUCCGGCCCGCCUCGAACUCUGCGAAUAUUUGAGAACCGUGCGUCACCGUCGCUGUCAUCGUCACACGUUAUCGGCCUCCGGUGAUCCACUCACGAAACAGAACAAACGACAACCCCCAUAAGUCGCAAACGAGAACCCGGGGCACACAAAGACAUUCGAUAGCAACCGCCAACAUGGUUCGCGAGAGUGGCAUCUCGGCUACCAAGCCCGUCUUUCCCACCUACCUGCUACCGAGUUUCAAGCUCCCCUUCUCCCGUCGCCACUCAGCCUCGUCCUCGUCCUCGUCCUCGGCCGACUCGCCCGCGUCAUCCGCGGUGACCACUCCAGCGAGCUCACCUCCCAAUAAUACUCCGUUGACGAAGCGCGCGGCCAGCACUCGGCUGUCCAGCACCGCCCCCAAUACCUUGCGCUGUUCAACAUGCUCGGCCGACCUCGCCUUGGCGUCACAGAUCAUCUCCAAGGGCUUCACCGGGCGCUACGGUCGGGCUUUUCUAGUUGCGCCACCACCGCCCCCAGCCCCGCAGACGCUGGUGAACAUACGCGUUGGUAGGAGCGAGAACCGCCAGCUCGUAACAGGGUGGCACGUCGUGGCCGACAUCACAUGCGGGUCAUGCACGACCAAGUUGGGGUGGAAGUAUGUGGACGCCAAGGAACAAGGGCAGAAGUACAAGGUGGGCAAGUUCAUCUUGGAGACAGAGAGGGUGGUGACUCACCGAAGCUGGGAGGACGUUCCGAUGGGCGAGGGAGAGACUGUCGUCCCAGACAAGCAGGACGACGGGGAUAUUCAUUUCGACUCCGAGGAUGACGACGAGUGUGAGGAUGUGUUUGCUGGCACUUGGGAUCCUGAGGUUGUUGGAAGAAGGAGGAGUGCCAUGGUUUCACGCAGGAGCCAGUCCUAGGACUGGGCAUCUACAUAGCAUGGGUGUUGCUGGUCCAUCACCUGUCUUCGGCAUUUGAAGAGCCAGGGCAACAACGGGAUAUGGGCGUGGAACCUCAGGACAUGCACUGGAUUUGGCGCCAAGGAUUAAUACUGGGAACCGUUGAUUUGGACUUGAUUUGGGCUGCAUUUGGACUGCACAAAUACCCUGAUAGGAGGCAUACGAUACACGACGGGCCUGAAUUUCUAACGCGACUCAUUUGCGCCAUGACAGACUGGCGAGACUUUGAUUAUUGUUACUAUACCCUAGGCAUGAAUAUAAUGAUGUCACAUUUAUCA